CGGGUUUGCUGCCCUUUUCAUACAGCGGUGUUGUACUUGGUGAUGGCUGUUGGGCUGCGCUGCAAACUCGCUUACUAACACGGCUGCACCGCCCGGUUCACGGUGUUCUUUGGCUUGUCAUGUGAAGCUGUAUUUGUGUCAGACUGCGCUUCCUUCCGCCAUGUUGAACUGAUUCAAGUUGUGAGUGACUGCUAGGACCGAAGUGACAAGCCCCAGAAAUCGGACUAGAUAGAGUUAGGGGGCUGAAACCGCGCCGGUGACGCAGGAAAAACACCCAGAAGCAGGAGAAAUCGUAGGAAUUAGACCAUUGUCGUUACUCGUCUGUGUCCUGUGCAGCUGUCACCGAUAUAGGCCACGUUUAUGUAAUAUUCGACGGCACCAUCGUUCAAGGCUGGCCAUAGCCCGUGAAUAGAGAGGAAGUCAUAUCAAAUUCCUGGUUAUGCAAUGGUCGCAGCAGCACAUCCAGAUCUCCAGGUGCUUGUGUCCCUCUACUGCGUGUUUGGGCUCUCUUCCCUCUGCCGUACAGCUGAGUUGGCUGUGAUUUCCUUCCUGACCAGCACUCCCUAAGAGGCCAAGAUUGCCAAGAUCUGCCCCGUGGCGAGCAUGACGGCCACCACGCGUGGCUCUCCGGUGGGGGGCAAUGACAGUCAGGGCCAAAGCCAGGCACCUGAUUCUCAGAGCCAGCCUCCGCUGCCACAGAAUCAGACUUCAUCUCCUAACUCGUCUAAUGAGAACUCUCCAGUGAGUCCACCAGAGGAUCAGGGAGCCGGUGAUGGACCUCCUCAGCUGGAAGAAGAAGAGCCUGCCUUCCCGCACACUGAUCUAGCCAAACUGGAUGACAUGAUCAACAGGCCCCGUUGGGUUGUCCCAGUUUUGCCAAAAGGAGAGUUAGAAGUCCUCUUGGAAGCUGCUAUAGACCUGAGUAAAAAAGGACUGGAUGUAAAAUGUGAGGCAUGUCAGAGGUUUUUCCGAGAUGGUCUCACCAUCUCCUUUACAAAAAUCCUGACUGAUGAAGCAGUUAGUGGAUGGAAGUUUGAGAUCCAUAGGUGUAUCAUCAACAAUACUCACCGUUUGGUCGAACUGUGUGUAGCCAAGCUCUCUCAGGACUGGUUCCCUUUAUUGGAGCUGCUGGCCAUGGCCACCAACCCUCACUGCAAGUUUCAUAUUUACAAUGGCACCCGCCCCUCUGAGAGCGUCCCCGCCGGAGCACAGCUGGCUGAUGACGAGCUCUGUGCCCGACCACCGGACCCAAGGUCUCCAAAGGGCUGGUUGGUGGACUUAAUAAACAAGUUUGGGACGUUAAACGGGUUUCAAAUAUUGCACGACCGCUUCAUGAGUGGACAAGCACUGAACGUCCAGAUCAUAGCUGCACUUAUCAAGCCUUUUGGCCAGUGUUAUGAGUUUCUCACAUUGCACACAGUAAAGAAGUACUUCCUUCCAGUCAUUGAGAUGGUUCCACAGUUUUUGGAGAACCUAACAGAUGAGGAGCUGAAGAAAGAGGCCAAAAAUGAAGCCAAAAAUGACGCACUAUCAAUGAUAAUCAAGUCUUUAAAAAAUCUGGCUUCACGUGUUCCAGGACAAGAAGAGACUGUAAAGAAUUUAGAGAUUUUUAGGUUAAAAAUGAUUCUUAGGUUAUUACAAAUUUCUUCUUUUAAUGGCAAAAUGAAUGCACUAAAUGAAGUGAAUAAGGUGAUCUCCAGUGUAUCCUACUACACACAUCGUCACAACCCUGAGGAGGAAGAGUGGCUGACUGCUGAGCGCAUGGCAGAGUGGAUCCAACAAAAUCACAUACUGUCAAUUGUGCUAAGGGACAGUUUACAUCAGCCUCAGUAUGUAGAGAAGCUAGAGAAGAUUCUGCGCUUUGUUAUCAAGGAAAAAGCUCUUACCAUGCAGGAUCUGGACAAUAUUUGGGCUGCUCAGGCUGGAAAGCAUGAAGCAAUAGUAAAGAAUGUUCAUGAUCUUUUGGCCAAACUUGCUUGGGACUUCUCACCAGAGCAGCUUGACCAUCUUUUCGACUGCUUUAAGGCUAGCUGGACCAAUGCCAGCAAGAAACAGCGUGAGAAAUUGUUGGAACUAAUUCGUCGCUUGGCAGAGGAUGACAAGGAUGGGGUGAUGGCUCACAAGGUUCUAAACCUGCUGUGGAACCUGGCUCACAGUGACGAUGUGCCUGUAGACAUCAUGGACCAGGCUCUCAGUGCGCACAUCAAGAUACUGGACUACAGCUGUUCACAGGACCGAGAUACCCAGAAAAUCCAAUGGAUUGAUCGCUUCAUAGAAGAACUACGAACCAAUGACAAAUGGGUGAUCCCUGCUUUGAAGCAAAUUAGAGAAAUCUGUAGCCUCUUUGGAGAAGCCCCUCAAAACCUUAGAAAGAAAAUUCCUUGUAAAAUACAAACAAGCAUAAUAGGUCAAACUCAGAGAAGUCCCCAUGUGUUUUAUCGCCAUGAUUUGAUCAACCAACUGCAGCAUAAUCACGCUUUGGUCACUCUGGUCGCAGAGAAUCUUUCAGCCUACAUGGAGACGAUGAGGCAGCUCUCCAAAGAAGAACAGGCUGAGUUUGACCCCCAAACCGUAAGACCUGGGAGUCGGUACAGCCAUGUCCAGGAAGUACAAGAACGACUUAACUUUCUGAGGUUUCUAUUGAAGGAUGGGCAGUUGUGGCUUUGUGCCCCACAAGCAAAGCAGAUCUGGAAAUGUUUAGCUGAAAAUGCUGUGUUUCUAUGUGACCGUGAGGCCUGCUUCAAAUGGUUUGAUUUUUCUGUUGCUCUUGUCUGCUUGAUUGUUUUAUUAGUUUUUUUUUUUUAUUGUUCAUGUUUUGUGAUGUGCAUCAACAGGUAUUCUAAACUCAUGGGGGAUGAGCCAGAUCUUGACCCAGACAUUAACAAGGACUUCUUUGAGAAUAAUGUGCUGCAGUUGGACCCCUCUCUGCUCACAGAAAAUGGCAUGAAGUGUUUUGAGCGGUUCUUCAAGGCGGUCAACUGCAGAGAGGGCAAGUUAGUGGCUAAACGUCGGGCUUAUAUGAUGGAUGACCUGGAACUUAUUGGCUUGGACUACCUCUGGAGGGUGGUUAUUCAAGGUAGUGAUGACAUUGCCAGUCGGGCUAUAGAUCUGCUGAAGGAAAUUUAUACCAACCUUGGACCAAAACUGCAAGUUAACCAGGUGGAAAUUCAUGAAGAUUUUAUCCAGUCUUGUUUUGACCGGCUGAAGGCAUCAUACGACACCUUGUGUGUGUUGGAUGGAGACAAAGACAGCAUAAACUGUGCUCGUCAGGAGGCCAUACGUAUGGUGCGAGUACUAACUGUACUCAAGGAGUACAUCAAUGAAUGUGACAGCGAUUACCACGAGGAGAGGACUAUACUGCCUAUGUCCAGGGCUUUUAGAGGAAAGCACAUCACCCUUAUAGUUCGUUUCCCAAACCAAGGGCGUCAGGUAGAUGACCUGGAUAUCUGGUCACACACGAAUGACACUAUUGGUUCAGUUCGACGUGCAAUUCUCAAUCGGAUCAAAGCUAAUGCUGCACAUACUAAAAUAGAGCUUUUUAUUGGAGGAGAGGUUGUUGAUCCAGCUGAUGACCGGAAGCUGAUUGGUCAGCUGAAUUUAAAAGACAAAACGCUUAUCACAGCAAAGCUAACCCAAGUAAGUGCCAACAUGCCCUCUAGUCCAGACAGUUCAUCUGACUCAUCCACUGGAUCACCCGGUAACCAUGGUAACCACUAUAGCGAUGGACCCAAUCCUGAGGUGGAAAGCUGUCUUCCUGGUGUGAUUAUGUCACUGCACCUGCGCUACAUCUCCUUCCUGUGGCAAGUGGCUGAUUUAGGCUGCAACCUCAAUAUGCCUCUUCUUAGAGAUGGAGCCAGAGUUCUCAUGAAACUCAUGCCUCCAGAUAAUACCACAGUGGAGAAUCUGCGUGCUGUGUGUCUUGAUCAUGCCAAGCUUGGUGAGAACAGUCUCAGUCCUUCUCUGGACUCGCGUUUCUUUGGACCCUCGCCCUCACAAGUGCUCUACCUCAUUGAGGUUGUGUAUGCUCUGCUGAUGCCAGCCAGUGCAACACUGGGGGAAGAUGCCAGUGACUUCCAAUACAACUUCUUGAAAAGUGGAGGGUUGCCUUUGGUGCUGAGCAUGCUCACGAGGAACAAUUUCUUGCCCUCAGCAGACAUGGAGACUCGGCGUGGAGCUUACCUCAAUGCACUAAAAAUUGCCAAGCUCCUUCUGACUGCGGUUGGCUUUGGACAUGUCAAGGCUGUGGCAGAGGCCUGUCAGCCCAACGCUGAAGGAAAUGUUCCUGUCUCACCGAUUAAUCAGGCAACACAUGACCAGGCCCUGGUCCUUCAAAGUGCUUUACAAAAUAUUCCCAAUCCUGCCUCAGAAUGCAUGUUGCGUAAUGUUGCUAUUCGUCUGGCUCAGCAGAUUUCUGAUGAGAACUUCUUCCAGGCAUCAAAGUACAUCCCAGACAUAUGUGUUAUCCGGGCAAUACAGAAGAUUGUAUGGGCUUCAGGUUGUGGUACUGUCCAGCUUGUCUUCAGUUCAAAUGAGGAAAUCAGUAAAAUAUAUGAGAAGACAAAUGCAGCUAAGGAGCCUGAUGGUGAGGAUGAGCAGGUGUGUUGUGAGGCCCUGGAGGUGAUGACACUGUGUUUCGCCCUGAUGCCCACGGCUCUGGACACGCUCAGUAAAGAGAAGGCUUGGCAGACCUUUAUUAUAGAUCUACUGCUACACUGCCAUAGCAAGUCCGUUCGGCAAAUGGCACAAGAGCAAUUUUUCUUGAUGGCAACCAGGUGCUGCAUGGGCCACCGACCACUCCUUUUCUUUAUUACUCUCCUCUUUACAGUCCUUGGGACUACAGCUAAAGAGCGAGCCAAACACGCUGGAGAUUAUUUCACUUUACUUAGGCACCUUCUGAAUUAUGCUUAUAACAGCAACAUCAACCUGCCAAAUGCUGAGGUGCUGCUCAACAAUGAGAUUGACUGGCUAAAGCGAAUAAGGGAUGAGGUUAAAAGGACUGGUGAGACUGGUGUAGAGGAAACAAUUUUAGAAGGUCAUCUUGGAGUCACCAAGGAGCUGUUGUCCUUCCAAACACCAGAGAAGAAGUACUACAUUGGCUGUGAAAAAGGAGGAGCAAAUCUUAUUAAGGAGCUGAUAGAUGACUUCAUAUUCCCAGCAUCUAAUGUUUACCUACAGUACAUGAAAAGUGGAGAGUUCCCCACAGAGCAAGCAAUCCCAGUGUGUAGCACCCCUGCUUCAAUCAAUGCAGGCUUCGAGCUGCUCGUGGCCUUGGCAGUUGGUUGUGUCAGGAACCUCAAACAGAUAGUGGAUACCCUCACAGACAUGUACUAUUUGGGCGGUGAUACUUUGACUGAAUGGGAAUAUCUCCCUCCUGUUGGACCAAGACCCAACAAAGGCUUUGUAGGUUUGAAAAAUGCAGGAGCCACUUGCUACAUGAACUCAGUCAUUCAGCAGCUGUACAUGAUCCCACCAAUUCGUAAUGGCAUUCUCGCCAUUGAAGGCACUGGCACUGAUGUGGAUGAUGAUAUGUCAGGGGACGAGAAGCAGGAAAAUGAGAGCAAUGUGGAUCCUCGAGAUGAGGUGUUCAGUUACCAUCACCAGUUCGAUGAUAAACCCUCUGGUAAAUCAGAAGACAGGAAAGAGUACAACAUUGGAGUUUUACGUCAUCUCCAGGUCAUUUUUGGCCAUUUAGCUGCAUCCAGGCUGCAGUACUAUGUUCCUAGAGGAUUCUGGAAACAGUUCAGGUUGUGGGGUGAACCAGUAAAUCUAAGGGAGCAGCAUGAUGCCCUGGAGUUUUUCAACUCUUUAGUGGAUAGUCUGGAUGAAGCACUUAAAGCUCUCGGCCACCCAGCUAUGCUAAGUAAGGUCCUGGGUGGUUCCUUUGCAGACCAGAAGAUCUGCCAAGGAUGCCCACACAGAUACGAGUGUGAAGAGUCGUUCACAACACUCAAUGUAGACAUCAGAAAUCACCAGAACCUGUUAGACUCCAUGGAGCAGUAUGUCAAAGGGGAUCUGUUAGAAGGAGCUAAUGCCUACCACUGUGAGAAGUGUAAUAAAAAGGUGGAUACCGUGAAGCGCUUGUUAAUUAAGAAGCUGCCACCAGUCCUUGCCAUACAGCUCAAACGUUUUGAUUAUGACUGGGAGAGGGAAUGUGCCAUCAAGUUCAAUGACUACUUUGAGUUCCCUCGGGAGCUGGACAUGGAGCCUUACACAGUAGCUGGGGUGGCUAAGUUGGAGGGUGAUGACGUUAAUCCUGAAAACCAGGUGAUCCAGCAGAACGAGCCCUCUGAGCCCACUCCUCCUGGGAGCUCCAAGUAUCGCCUUGUGGGCGUACUGGUCCACUCAGGCCAGGCCAGUGGGGGACACUACUACUCUUACAUUAUUCAAAGGAAUGGAGGAGAUGGUGAAAAGAACCGCUGGUAUAAAUUUGAUGAUGGUGAUGUGACUGAGUGCAAGAUGGAUGAUGAAGAGGAGAUGAAGAAUCAGUGCUUUGGAGGAGAAUACAUGGGCGAGGUAUUUGAUCAUAUGAUGAAGAGGAUGUCGUAUCGGAGGCAGAAGCGCUGGUGGAAUGCGUACAUCCUUUUCUAUGAGCGUAUGGACUCACUGGACAAAGACAGCGAGCUUGUCAAGUACAUCUCGGACUUAACUAUCUCCUCUACAAAACCACAUCAGGUGAAGAUGCCUGGUGUUAUAGAGUGCAGCGUCCGCAAGCAGAAUGUCCAAUUCAUGCACAACAGAAUGCAAUACAGCUUGGAAUAUUUCCAGUUCAUUAAGAAACUUUUGACCUGUAACAGUGUCUAUUUAAAUCCUCCUCCAGGACAAGACCAUCUUCUGCCUGAAGCAGAAGAGAUUGCUAUGAUCAGUGCUCAGCUGGCUGCUAGGUUCCUUUUCAGCACAGGAUUUCACACAAAGAAAGUAGUUCGGGGUCCUGCCAGUGACUGGUAUGAUGCCCUUUGCAUCCUACUGAGGCACAGUAAGAAUGUACGCUAUUGGUUUGCACACAAUGUCCUGUUUGCAUAUCCAAACCGGUUCUCGGAGUACCUGCUUGAGUGUCCAAGUGCUGAGGUGCGUGGUGCAUUUGCCAAGCUCAUAGUCUUCAUCGCCCACUUCUCUCUGCAAGAUGGCCCCUGCCCUUCACCCACUGCCUCCCCGGGACCCUCUACUCAGGGCUGUGAUAACCUCAGUUUGAGUGACCAUCUGUUGAGAGCUGUACUCAACUUGCUUCGCAGAGAGGUCUCUGAACACGGCCGUCACCUGCAGCAGUACUUCAACCUCUUUGUCAUGUAUGCCAAUCUAGGUCUUGCAGAGAAAACACAGCUGUUAAAGUUGAAUGUUCCUGCCACUUUUAUGUUGGUUGCUCUGGAUGAGGGUCCUGGCCCUCCAAUCAAAUACCAGUACGCUGAGCUAGGAAAACUCUACACAGUGGUCUCUCAGCUUGUUCGCUGCUGUGAUGUCUCAUCACGCAUGCAGUCAUCCAUUAAUGGUAACCCUCCACUCCCCAACCCUUAUGGAGACACAAACCUAAGCUCCCCGGUGAUGGCUGUGCAGCACCCGGUCGCAGAGAUCCUGUUUGUGAGGACUAGCUAUGUGAAGAAGAUCAUUGAGGACUGCAGUAACUCAGAGGAGACAGUCAAACUGCUGCGGUUCAGCUGCUGGGAGAAUCCACAGUUCUCUUCCACUGUGCUCAGUGAGCUGCUCUGGCAGGUGGCUUACUCUUAUACGUAUGAGCUGAGGCCUUACUUGGACUUGCUGCUACAGAUUCUUCUCAUUGAGGACUCCUGGCAAACUCACAGGAUUCACAAUGUACUGAAGGGCAUUCCUGAUGACAGAGAUGGGCUUUUUGACACCAUCCAGCGCUCCAAAAACCACUACCAGAAAAGAGCAUACCAGUGUAUUAAGUGCAUGGUAGCGCUGUUUAGCAACUGCUCUGUGGCUUAUCAGAUUCUUCAGAGUAAUGGUGAUCUAAAACGAAAGUGGACAUGGGCGGUGGAGUGGCUGGGGGAUGAGCUGGAGAGGCGGCCUUACACAGGAAACCCUCAGUACACGUACAAUAACUGGUCCCCUCCAGUUCAGAGUAAUGAGACCUCCAAUGGCUAUUUCCUGGAGCGUUCACACAGUGCACGCAUGACGCUGGCCAAAGCCUGUGAAUUGUGCCCAGAAGAGCUCAAGUGUACACAGGGAAGCCCAGGGAAGGAACCUGAUGAGCAGGAAGCACCAGAUGAUCAGGACUCCUCUCCUCCUGAGGACACAUCUCUUUACCCCCAUUCUCCUGGGACAGCCCAGUUUCAGCAGAACAACCAUCCUCAUGGGCAGCCAUACACAGGCCCUGCUGCUCAGCACAUGAACAACCCCCAGAGGCCCGGGCCGGCCUCUGCCCCAAAUCCAGCUCCUCCUCAGACCACAAGCCCAGGUCCAGCUCCGGGGCAGGGCCCACGAGCACAAGAGAACUGGGAGAGCACUGAGGAGGUGGCACCCACCUCCACCCCUGCCCCAGGGCCUGCCCCCCCUAAGGAGUAAUGCCCCUGCAGUGCCUCGAGCCUCCAUCGUCCCGCUCUCCUUCCUCUUCUUUGGUCAACAGAGCUUCACUUUUGGCCCUCUCUCUGGCCCCAGGACAGGGCAGAGCAAUGUCUCCUCUUAUCUCAAGGCCACUUAAGAUGUUCUGCUGUCAGCCUGUAGGAGGCGCUCUUCCCUGGCCUGGGACUGCUCAGCGUGGGACAGGGCCUGCUGGUUGCUACAGAGGCCAAGGAGUGGACAAAAAUUCUACUAAAGGAAACUCAUUUAACCAGAGCUGACGAUGCUGAUGCGCUUGUCUUCACGACAAAAAGGUGUACAUAGUAUGUUUAUGUUUUUGACUGUUCAGAUCCCCCAAUAGCAUAACUUAUGGUUGGCUGCUGGGAGAUGUUGCAGAUUAAAAUGAAAAAUAAAUGGAUAUUAUAAAUAAGAAAAAUGCCCCAAAAAACUGUACGAAGUCAACAACUCUUGUUUUAUCACACAUGCUCAGCAGUGAAGUUUGUUAUACCAUUGGACGGUUCUUGGUCAUUCAACUGUAGAAGGACACGUUAUUAUCAUAAUAGUUCUAUUAUCUGAAGCUCCUUGGCACCCUUCUGACCCAUGCCAAAUCAACUCACAGGUUGUGGUUGGUUUUAGUGUGACAUAUGGAAUGGUUGGGUGGACUUUCCGGUGUUUGGUUGAUGUGAAAACGCAGUGAUGCAACAUUGUUCUGAAACUCAUUGCCUUCUUUUUCGUUUGUUCUGUUUAUUAAUUCAGUCCUUUUUGAAGCUCUAUUUAAUGCUGUAACAUUUAGCAUGGCUUCUCACCAGAAUAGUGUAGCCCAAGGGAAAACUUGUGAUCAUAACAACCUAAAGCUGUUUUAAACCCACAUCUCUACAGAGGGUUCUCCUUGUGUUCUUUUUAUUUCCAUCUACCUUAUCUAUGAUGAGGGCGUUACUUUGAACUUGUGUAUCAGAAAGUGGCUUUUUAAUUGCACUUUGUGACCCUACAACUUCACAAUUUACAUCCAGAUUUCAGUUUAAGGUGGGAAUACAUGGCUUAGCUUUCAUUUAUAGGAAAACUGAAAAUGAAACAUAUGCAACAAAAUUGCUGCACCUGGCUAUCUGGUAUAGUGAGAUUAUCUGGUGUCACUUAAGUAGAGCCUAGUUCUAGACCUGCCCAUCAUCGUACAUUUGCUGUGAGCUGAUUAGGGCUAUAGUCUGCUGGAGCCAGGGACCGUGACUCUGGGCCACAGUGAGACCAUCCGUCACUCAGCAGUUUCUCAGCAGGGUUGUAUCGCAGGAUUAGCAGCUGGUUAGUCAUGAUACAACUUGUAAUUCUGUAGGAGUAAAGGUAAACAUCAGUAAAUACUGUAUUUAAUUGGUAACUUGAAUGCGUGUAUUUUUUGAUCUUUGUUAAAACAUACCAAAUACUCCUGCAAAUGAAAAUAUUCUGCCCACCGUAUUAUAUUUAAAUAUUUUGCUCUUAUUUUAUAGAAUUUAUUUUGUUGUAUUUCACAAAUAGAAUUUGAUUUAAGAGGAACAUUUUUGUCCUUGUGUUAUUUUUAAAGAUAUUGACUGUACAGAGUUCUGCGCCCUGUUUUUGCCGACUUUUGUUUUGGCCAUGGUGUGAUUUUGAAUUCUGGAGCUACAGUCGCGAUGUGGACUUUCACUUUGUGAGGUUUUUGUGCACAGAAAUAUAACAAAAGCAUUGCGCCCUUAGCAAAUAAAGAACAUGGAAUCUU